AAAGGCGAACUUGCCUUCAAUUGUUCAAGCCUAACGUCAUGGAAAGAGUUACUUUGUUGCAGCGCGCACAGGAAUAAACCCAAAGAAACAACACGGAGCCGUGAUGUGUUGAUACUCUGUAGAAGGAGAUUGUUUUGGUUACUGAUGUGCGUCUUUUUGUAUCCAGUUUUAAGGAUCGAGUGAAGAUGCGCAGGAACCUGUUUACAAGGAAAACGCAGCAAGUUUCAGUCUGAGGGAAUGCGGAGCAGGCUCACAAUGCACAGGGAUACCAUUUCUCACUCUGUUUUUCUGCACGCCGGUACACUUUGUCUCAAAGAUGUAUUCACCAAGGAUCAUUUUUAGGCUCCGUGAUGAGAAACAAGUGUCCGAUAAAGGAACAACGCGAGGUUGCAGUGCAGUUUCUGAGGAUUAAAACCACCGUGGGUGAUUGUGGAGGAUCUCUGUGGUGAAACCAGUUUUGUUUUUGAACCUGUUGUGUUAGGAGAGGAAUGUGAGAGCCCUUCUGUUAUGAGGAAGUUAAUGUGUUAUAGAGCAUUUAUAGCCUAAAGUUAUUGAUAGACUUUUAAGUAUAAUAGAAAGUAAGACAAAAGAGCGAUAGCCUCAAUGGGCUGAAGAUGCUAGUGGGCACAGUAGGUACAUUUUAGGCUUUUAUUUUGGAAUAAUAGUUUUACGUAACUGUUGGCUUCUCCUGUGUUUACUGAGUGCCAGCUCAUUAAAUUUUCACAAGUCAUACUGUUGCACCUGAUCUAACAGCUGCCAUGUAAUUUGAGAUGACUUUAAAUAUUACAGUGAGCUAGAUGUUUCCAACACAGCAUGCAUUAGGACAGUAGCAUCAUCUAGGCACAAUGUGCGUGUAGAAGUUUUCUUGCUUUUGGACCCACUUGAGUAUCAAGAUGUCAGUGAAAGCCAAAGCAAUCUACACUUUUCUGAGUGAAAACAAAGAGGAGAUCAGCAUCCAGGAGAAUGAGGAACUGGUUAUCUUUGAUGAGAAGUCGGUGGAUGGCUGGUUUCAGGGGGAGAACAGCCGAGGGGAGAGGGGUCUCUUUCCUGCAUCAUAUGUGGAGAUUAUUCGCACUCGCUCAAACUCAAAUGUGACUGACUGCUCCAUAAGCCCGGCGGGAUCUUUAGGAAAUGACUCCUCCUACUUCCCCUCAACCCCAAACACCACUCUGCAUUUGCAGCAGAGUUACUAUGAUGACGAUGAUGAUGACUGGGAUGACUGGGACGACAGAUCGACGGUGGUGGAUGAUGGUGACCACACUAGGAGCCCGGGGGCCAAUGGACAUGCCCAUCAGAGCCCACUGUCCAACAACCCCAAUGUGCACUACCGGGCCAAACCGCACAUGGAGAGACAGGACAGUAUCUCCAGCUCGAGGAAAGGCAGCAUGGUGGGUAGGAACUUGAACAGGUUUUCCAGCUUUGUCCGCUCAGGUGUAGAAGCGUUCGUGUUGGGCGAUGUGCCCAUGAUGGCGAAGAUAGCCGAGUCAUACACCAUUGAAAUGGGUCCCACGGGUCCCCUGUGGAAGGAGAGUCCGCAGCCUUUUUCCUGCUCCAUUGAAGACCCCACAAAACAGACAAAGUUCAAGGGCAUCAAGACAUACAUUUCGUACCGGGUCACGCCGAGCCACACAGGGCGUCCCGUCUACAGGCGCUACAAACACUUUGACUGGCUGUACAACCGCUUGCUGCACAAGUUCACUGUGAUCUCUGUGCCUCACCUGCCUGAGAAGCAGGCCACGGGGCGAUUUGAGGAAGACUUCAUCGAGAAGCGUAAGAGACGACUGAUAUUGUGGAUGAACCACAUGACCAGUCAUCCAGUCCUCUCCCAGUACGAAGGCUUUGAGCACUUUCUCAUGUGUGCCGAUGACAAGCAGUGGAAACUGGGCAAGAGACGGGCGGAGAAGGAUGAGAUGGUUGGUGCCCACUUCAUGCUGACCCUCCAAAUCCCCAAUGAGCACCAGGAUCUUCAGGAUGUAGAGGAGCGCAUUGACACCUUCAAGGCCUUUGCUAAGAAAAUGGAUGACAGUGUGAUGCAGCUCACACACGUUGCCUCAGAGCUGGUGCGCAAGCACCUGGGCGGAUUCAGGAAGGAGUUCCAGCGACUUGGAAAUGCCUUCCAGUCCAUCAGCCAGUCAUUCAUGCUGGACCCUCCACACAGCUCAGAGACCCUCAACAACGCCAUCUCCCAUACAGGCCGCACCUAUGAGAACAUUGGAGAGAUGUUUGCAGAGCAACCUAAGUAUGACCUCUUCCAUAUGCUGGACAAGCUGUCGCUCUAUCAAGGCCUGCUCGGCAACUUCCCCGACAUCAUUCAUCUACAGAAAGGUGCCUUUGCUAAGGUGAAGGAGAGCCAGCGGAUGAGUGACGAAGGGAAGAUGGACCAGGACGAGGCAGAUGGCAUUAGAAAACGCUGUCGGACGGUUGGGUUUGCCCUCCAGGCAGAGAUGAGCCAUUUCCAUCGGCAGCGGGAGGUGGACUUCAAAGACAUGAUGCAGGCCUACCUCACGGAGCAGAUAGCCUUUUACCAGCGUAUUGUCCAGCAACUGGAGCGCACCCUGCGCAUGUACGACUGUCUGUAAGGACGCCGAACUGCUGUCCAGUUCAAGAUGCCAAAAACCACAGAAGAGAAGGAAAGGAAGAUCCAAGUCUUGACUCUUUUAUCAAGGCGUUUUCUUUGGUUCAUUUUGAAAGGACCUGCAGAUAAAUGAAGCAUUAGUUACUGGAAAGACGUACAAAGCCAGUCAGUCUUUCACUUUGAUGGAUUCAAAGUUUGUUUGCUUUUUUAAAAACCUACUGUACCUAUUAUUUUAUGGAAUACACAUCACAUAGGCAGUGUCACAGCAUAUUGUUUAUUUUACAUAAUUUAAGGUGUUUGUAACAUUAAAAUAAGAAUAUAGGUUUCAGAUCUAAGCGAAUCUAGUUGAUUGUUCUGUAGUGUGACACCAUGAAACGGGUUCUGUUUUGACAUUGUCCCCUUCUCUCCAACAUCAUGCACUUUGGCUUAUGCUGGGACUGAUCCAAGUUGCUUUUAAAGGUCUAGUAUGUAGGAUUUAGAUGGAUAUAUUGGCAGAAAUGGAAUAAUAUUAAUUAAGCAUGUUUCCUUAAGUCUAUAAUCAGCUGAAAAUAAGAAUCAUUGCGUUUCUUGACCUUAGAAUGAGCCUAUUAUAUCCACAUAGGGAGCGGGUCCUCUUACACGGUGGCAGCCAUGUUGCAUCGCCAUGUUCUUACAGUAUUCCAGAACAAACAAACAAAACAUUGGCUCUCAACAGGGCCAAUAAUGUUUUAGCGUUUUUCAUUUUCACGUCAGCUACCUUAGUUAGCAGCCCCAUUGUGGCGAGUUGAACAGUGUUGGAAAAAGACUGAUUUUUAUCGUGAAACCACUUUAUUCUGCGUUUUUGCCAUUUUCAAUCAUCAAGUCAGUUUGUUUUGGAGAGGAAGAAACCUGACCUGAUAAUCUAGCUCCCAUAAAAAAAAAAACUUUGAGAAUCUGGAUUAAAUCUGGAGAAAAAGAUGAGCACACAUUAGCAGGUGCUAGGCUAGCAGCCUGCCUGCGAUGAGCCGAACGGUGUCGGAAAAACAUAGACUUAUGUGAAACUGCCUAUUAGACCUCUGCAGAUAAUUUUUUUUUUUUAAUUUUUAAAACUGAAGGAAUUCAGUGCCACUAAAUCCUACACACUGUACCUUUAAUGUGUAACGCAAACACAUUUAAACACAUUAAUCUUCUGGUGAAUUUACCAACAUCUGUUAAACAUUCAAAAUGUCUUUUCAAUGCAGCAUUUUAGGAUUUUAUUGAAAUCACUGAAAGUAUGAACUGCAUAAAGUGAAGUUUCACCAUCAUCUUGUUGAGUGCUCAUCUCGCUCAGGUGUUCACUGCUUUGAAAUUCACAUAAGUUUCUCUGGUAUCUCUUAGUACAAUUCGCAAAUGACUGUCUUAACUUUGCAGCACGUGGAAGAAUUACUGAUACCAUGUAAUUCAGUUUAGUAUGUCUUCUUUUAUGAUUUUCAUGCAGUAAGUGCCUUAAGAGUCUGAGGCCUUCUGAUGGAAUAUUUUAAAUGGACCAUUUGUCUGUAGCAUGGCUUAUGUUAUAUAGGGGGAAACUAUUUGGAAUGAUUUAGGAACAAGUUUGCACGUUUUUAUCUGUGGUGGGUCAUAGUGUGUGGAGGUGUGUUUGUGUGGGUGAGAGUGAAAUGAUUUAACUACUGUGCUGAUCAGUUCCCCCUUACCACGGUGGAAAACAAAAUAUAUCUUUUUAUGUAGCAGCAGGUUUAUCUAGCCAACUAGUAUGGAUAGUAGUCAGAUAGUUGAAGUGGAUUAACUGGUUGUGUGAGGCAGAACAUCAACUUGGCAUUCAAUGUUUGUUUUAAGUCAUUUUGUAGACACAAGACUGAAUUCUUCCUGUUACUAGAGUUUUGUGUUUAAUGUAGUUUGGGUCAAAAAACAGUACGACUUAAUGUUCAUAUCAAGUGUUUUAGAAGAACAUCUAAAAUCACAUUACAUAAUUCAGAUUAUAUCCGCACUGUACCCAAAAAUAACUUAAAGAAACUGUUCUGAUAUUUUAGAAAAUAUACUUUGCUUUCAUGAAAAUUGAGCUACUACUAGCAGAUGAUUAACUUAGCAUAGCCUGGAAACAGCUAAACCAAGCUCUGUCUAUCUCGUUACUCACUAACUAAAAAUGUUAUAUCUUAUUUUGUUUCAUCCAACCAAAAAUGUCAAUUUGCGGUUUUACAUGCGGUUAUGACAAUAUUACAGCAUGUAACCUCCUGUAAUACCACAACUUGUCCGUAAUUGGGUUUUUAAUUGGAUUAAACAAAUGAAAUACGACAUGUGAAUCAGUGAGAUUUAGAGGUGCUGGUAGGUAGAUUUUGUGUCCGCAGAUAAUCAGGCUAAGUGUUUCUCUUUUUUUCAGUCUUUAUGCUAAGCUAAGCUAACUGACUGUUCACUACUGCGUUAAAUUCAUGCUGCAGGGCAGAGUGACAUCAUUCUUCUUAAACAACUAACAGCAAGAAAGGGAAUACGCAUAUUUCCCCAAAUAUUAAACUAUUCAUUAAUACAUAUAUCUUAAUAAUCUUCUUUCUCCAAUCUUCUUCCACAGUGAAGUUUCACUUUUUCCAUUUUGUUUUUUUUUUACAUUUACUGGCGAAUUCACAAAGAAUGGAGUGCGGCCGCUGAUAGCAUCAUGGAUUGUGCAUCAUUUACAACCACUACCUGCUCCUUCUUAAGGUCUGAUUCACAAAAUAUAUUGUGCUAAUGAUAUUAUUAUAUUAUGGCCAUACAUUUUUGCAGGUGAGUGCAAUUUGUCCUGUUUUGCAUCUGAUUGCAGUUAUCCAUGUGGCAAAGUAUAAAUAUGCUUUUCUGCCAAGAACAACAAUGAAAUUUUCAGACCUGAAGCUACUGACUGAUGAGGUGCAGAGGCACUCCUCAGAACUUUAAAAUUGACAAAAAGAAACUGAAUUAGGGUUAGUACUGGGUGUGACAUAAAUGAGAUUCAGUUACCACAAACUCUAAAGAUGCGAUUAAUUUCACUGUAACUGCCUGUGACUAAUAGUGUUGAUCUUUGUGAAUUAAACUGAUUUUGCAUUGAGGCUCAGAGGGGGGGGCAAUUCUGCACCAAAUGUAUAGAAACAGCCACCUAGAAGUUUCCUUCCGAACUGAUCAUCCAGGCAGUUCCCAGCCAGUUAUCAGUCAGCUCCUAGCCACUGGGAACCUCUCACUCUCUUCCUGUUUCCUGACACGAUAUGACAAGAUUCAACAAUAAACACACCCAUUCCUUUUCAACAUGUCACCAUGAGAUAGUGCUUCCUUCACAAAAACUAGUACACCAGUGACGUACACUGAAACACAGAUUUUCAGUGGUGGAAUAUACAAAACAACUGAUUUUGCAGCAGAUUUCAGGUGCGGAAAAAACACUUUGGUUCCAUAAUCACUGCACAGCCUGGUGGAUAGUUAAACCAUUGCAAUUGGUUUCACUUUGGGGCGUUAUGAGACAGCUCUAUGUUCACUAUGUCAACAAUGGGGAUCUCAUUCCAGCCAGGGACCAACCAAGGAACUGCGUCACAAAUCUGCCCUGGCCCCAUCACAGAUGAACGGUAAACUCUAGCUGGCUACAUCUGUAUGCACAUUUAAAUCCAUGCAAAUAGCACAGGAGCUCUGAGGCGCUAUUUGCUUGGCAGCGCAGUCAGUGGCGCAUUUAACGCUUACAGGAUCUUAUUUGAGCAGGUUUAGCGGCCGCAAAAGCUAUGCAAACCUUUUGUGCAUUCGCCUGUGAAUGUAGUAAAGUUUCCACACGAUAAGAUUUGAGUGACUCUGAGGAUAUGAGUCCCACUCUUUACUGCGUUUAUCACCAAAUAAGAGUUGUUCCAGUAACAUUACUCAUUGUGUUUAACAAGAGAGAAAUUUCAUGGCAACUUGCGGUUGACGAGACUAUCUUUAGCGACGUGUUAACCUUAGAGGUUUAUGUGGAGUCUCCGUUGCAGUUAUAAGCAUUACCUCAAGACGUGACUUUUUUUUAGCUUCUCUUCAAGAAGUUUCCAGUGUUUAUUUGUCAGUUGUGAGACACUUGAUUUUUCAUUUUGAUCGAAGAGAGUUAGAUCUCUCAGUGGUGUGUUUGGGUGCAUAUGAAAAGUGAAAGGAGACAUUAUUUUGCUCUGCCUGGUGUUUGUGAUUGUCAAGAGCCGUAUUUUGGUUCUCCCAUAACAAAGAAGUGCUGAUUCAUGGUGCAGGUUUCUCAGUAAACAAAUGGUCCCUGUGUGUGUCUGUUUGUGCGUGACUCAGUUAUGAGUGUCUCAGUUACUGGUACUGUUCAGUCCACAUCUGCAGCCUUUAACUCUUUGCAGUCUAAAUGUGGUGUUGUUUUAUGUUUGUUGUUUGAAAAACCUUUGCUUCUUCAUAGUUCAGCAUCGUUUUGUUAAAUAUCUGUUUGCAUUUGCACUCAUUACCAUUUCUCCAAGACCAAAGAAGUCAGGCAUUUUCUACUGGGCUUCCUUUUUUUACUGUGUUUUGACUAAAAUGGAAUUAAAUGUGCUCUCUGGUUUUGUAAUUGAAUCUGUUCUACUCUGAGGAAAAUGUGAAGAGAGCUUUUGGAAAAACUUUAAAAAAAAAACCCCAAAAAAUAAAUAAAUAAUUAAAACAUUCCACAAAGAAACAAUAAGGACACCAAAGGCACAGAUAGAUUUGUGGCAAAAGAACAACAUGCAGGUACAACAGAAAAAGAAAGGAAAAAAAAAAAAAACAUUUCGAGAAGUGCUUGCAGCCUCAAUCAGGUUUCCUAAUGACACUAUCAGCUCAUGCUCCAAAGCUGCAUGAUAAGUUAAAUGCCAGGCAUUUCACACCAGUGACGGUUUCUCAACAUAGAUGCGAGAGCGGGUGAGUUGCGGGAACUUUGUGCUUUAGUUUCAGUCUCUGAAAUAACAGAUGGUGAUUUUCCAGUCAGUAAUUUGUUACUUGAUUUAAGGGAAGGGGACCUAAAAAUGGUAAUAAAAGUAAUGAUGGUGA